AUGGGUCGUCCUAAGCGCAAUGUCCUCGCGGCUGCCGAGGAGUCAAUGACACCUCCAGACGUCCUCGGACCUGGUCAGUCCAUAGUUAGAGUUGUUAAGCCUGAAGGCAACAACCUUUACACCUGCGAGCUCCCAGACACAAAGCCCCUCAUUCUGGAGCUGGCACAGCGCUUCCGCAACACCAUCUGGAUCAAGCGCGGCGGUUUCGUCCUAGCGGAGCGAUAUCAGGAAAGCAGGGAGGAUACUCGGGCUAUGGGCGAGAUUGUCAAUGUUGUUCGCGACGAGAAGCUCUGGCGCAAGCAGGCUUAUUGGUGA